UAGUUCCUCUGUUCGCGAUCCCCCGUUGGCUAAGUACAUUAGGGUAGAUAAUUCUUCAUCCUGACAUUUAUUUUCUGCAAUUUUUCGACUGUGACGUAAGGAAAAAUACAAACGAACAAUCGUGAAGGAUAAUUAGAUUCUCCUGUUCCUUCUAAUUAUCAGAAAUCAGUGUUCUCAGCUCUCGAGGAGGAUAAAUAGACGAAAAAUGGCUUUGAGCUACACCAGAUUAUUCUGUCAAAAGAGUCUCAAUGUCGGACAGUUCAAGGGAAUUCUCGCGCCCAGUUCUGUAGGGCUGCCGUCAACAUUGAGCCGGUGUGCAGCCGUUCAGGCUUGCGAGUCAUAUAUCGAGAAGAAUAAACGAUUGAAGAGGCCAAUGUCACCUCAUUUGACUAUUUACAAACCUCAAUUGACAUCAAUGUUGUCAAUCACACAUCGAGGCACGGGAAUGGCACUUGCAUUUUAUGCAACUGGAGCUGGUGCAGCCAGCCUGUUCCUACCCGGAGGUGUCAAUUGUGUCAUUGAUUCAAUAGCUGCCAUGAAUCUGGCAAGCCCACUUCUAUUUCUCCUGAAAUUUGCCGUUGCCUGGCCAGCGACUUACCAUUAUUUAAAUGGAAUUCGUCACUUGGCUUGGGACAUGGGACAAUUUCUCACGAUCAAGCAGGUCUACAGCACCGGUUGGACUAUGCUCGGUCUGUCAGUAAUUGCAGCCUUCGUUUUAACUGCCAUGUACUGAAGGUAAACUUCUGGAGGACAGUAUAACCGAAAAAUUCAUUGUACUAUAUAUCUUUGCAAUAAAAUUGUCGAGUAAUUUAUUAUAGCGAGAGAAAACGAGAAUGAAA